GCCGCCGCAGCCGCAGCCGCAGCGGACACCGAGCAGGUAGAUGGCCCCCCAAGGGCAGGCCCUGCGGGAACCCCUCCCUCCGGCUGGCGGAUGCAGUGCCUAGCGGCAGCUCUUAAGGACGAAACCAACAUGAGUGGGGGAGGGGAGCAGGCCGACAUCCUGCCGGCCAACUACGUGGUCAAAGAUCGCUGGAAGGUGCUGAAAAAGAUCGGGGGCGGGGGCUUCGGUGAGAUCUAUGAGGCCAUGGAUCUGCUGACCAGGGAGAACGUGGCUCUCAAGGUGGAGUCAGCCCAGCAGCCUAAGCAGGUCCUCAAGAUGGAGGUGGCUGUGCUCAAAAAGCUUCAAGGGAAGGACCACGUGUGCAGGUUCAUUGGCUGUGGUCGGAACGAGAAGUUUAACUAUGUGGUGAUGCAGCUCCAGGGCCGGAACCUGGCUGACCUGCGACGCAGCCAGCCGAGGGGCACUUUCACGCUGAGCACCACACUGCGGCUGGGCAAGCAGAUCCUGGAGUCCAUUGAAGCCAUUCACUCCGUGGGCUUCCUGCACCGUGACAUCAAGCCGUCCAACUUUGCCAUGGGCCGGCUGCCCUCCACCUACAGGAAGUGCUAUAUGUUGGACUUUGGGCUGGCCCGGCAGUACACUAACACCACUGGGGAUGUCCGGCCUCCUCGGAAUGUGGCCGGGUUCCGGGGGACUGUCCGCUACGCCUCGGUCAAUGCUCACAAGAACAGGGAGAUGGGCCGCCAUGAUGACUUGUGGUCCCUCUUCUACAUGCUGGUGGAGUUUGCUGUGGGCCAGCUGCCCUGGAGGAAGAUCAAGGACAAGGAGCAGGUGGGGAUGAUCAAGGAGAAAUACGAGCACCGGAUGCUCCUGAAGCACAUGCCAUCCGAGUUCCACCUCUUCCUGGACCACAUCGCCAGCCUCGACUACUUCACCAAGCCCGAUUACCAGUUGAUCAUGUCGGUGUUUGAGAACAGCAUGAAGGAGCGGGGCAUUGCCGAGAACGAGGCCUUUGACUGGGAGAAGGCAGGUACUGACGCUCUCCUGUCCACGAGCACCUCCACCCCACCCCAGCAGAACACGCGGCAGACCGCAGCCAUGUUUGGAGUGGUCAAUGUGACACCGGUGCCUGGGGACCUGCUUCGUGAGAACACUGAGGAUGUACUGCAGGGAGAACACUUGAGUGACCAGGAGAACGCACCCCCAAUCCUGCCCGGGAGGCCUCCGGAGGGCUUGGGUCCUGGUCCCCAUCUUGUCCCCCACCCUGGGGGUCCUGAGGCUGAAGUGUGGGAGGAGACAGAUGUCAACCGCAACAAACUGCGCAUCAACAUUGGCAAAACCCCCUGUGUGGAGGAAGAGCAGAGUCGAGGAGUAGGGGUCCCCAGCUCCCCAGUGCGUGCCCCCCCAGACUCCCCAACAACCCCAGUGCGGUCUCUACGCUACCGGAGGGUCAACAGCCCAGAGUCAGAGAGGCUGUCGACAGCUGCUGAUGGUCGGGCAGAGCUGCAAGAGAGAAGGUCCCGGAUGGAUCUGCCUGGCUCACCCUCACGCCAGGCCUGCUCCUCACAACCAGCUCAGAUGCUGUCAGUGGACACGGGCCACGCUGACAGGCAGGCCAGUGGCCGCAUGGACGUAUCUGCCUCUGUGGAGCAGGAGGCUCUGAGCAACGCCUUCCGCUCAGUGCCGCUGGCUGAGGAGGAAGACUUUGACAGCAAGGAGUGGGUCAUUAUUGACAAGGAGACGGAGCUCAAGGACUUCCCUCCCGGGGCUGAGCCUAGCACAUCAGGCACCACCGAUGAAGAGCCCGAGGAGCUUCGACCCCUGCCCGAGGAGGGUGAGGAGAGGAGGCGUCUGGGGACGGAGCCCACUGUCAGGCCGCGUGGACGUGGUAUGCACACGCUGACAGAGGAGGACCCACGGCAGAUGCUGCCCCAGCCCGUACCACCUCAGUUGAGCCAGGCUGAUGGCCGGUCAGAGACAUCACAGCCACCCACGCCUGGCAGCCCUUCCCACUCACCCUUGCACUCGGGACCCCGCCCUCGACGGAGAGAGUCGGACCCCACAGGCCCUCAGAGACAGUUGGAGGAGGACAGACUCUCGGGGCACUCCCUCCCGCGGUACAGCCCCCUGCGACGACUGGCGUCCUCCGUGUUCUCCUCCUCCACGCUGGAGACGGAGCACUACCCUCACCCCGGCGGCGGCGGCUCCUCGGGCUCCUCCGGUUCCCUCAUUCAGCGCAGCCGCUCCGCUGAGAGCAGCCCGGUGCGUGCGCCCCAUCGGCGCCACGCGCCCCUGGCCGCCGGCAACCACAGACUCGUGCCCUCGGUGCUCCGCAUCUCGCGGUCCCAGCUGCAGCAGGUGUUCUCUGUCGCGCCCCCGUUCGAGGUGAAUGGCCUUCCACGAGCUGUGCCUCUGGCCUUGCCCUACCAGGACUUCAAGAGAGACCUCUCAGAUUAUCGAGAACGGGCCCGGCUGCUCAACAGGGUCCGGAGGGUGGGCUUCUCACAUAUGCUGCUCACCGCCCCUCAGGUCCCAUUGGCUCCCUUUCAGCCUCAGGCCAAUGGGAAAGAGGAAGAAGACGAAGAGGAGGAGGAGGAAGAGGAGGAGGAAGAAGAGGAGGAGGAAGAAGACGAUGACGAGGAAGAGGAGGAAGAGGAAGAGGAAGAGGAAGAUGAGGAGGAGGCAGGGGCCCUUGGGGAGGUGCUGGGGCCUCGAAGUGGCUCAAGCAGUGAGGGCAGUGAGCGGAGCACUGAACGGAGCCAGGAGGGCGCCCCGUCCACCCUGCUGGCUGACGACCAGAAAGAGGCCAGGGGCCGGGCCUCCAUGGCCGAUGGGGACCUGGAGCCUGAGGAGGGCUCCAAAACGCUGGUGCUCGUCUCCCCUGGUGACAUGAAGAAAUCACCAGUCACUGCCGAACUGGCCCCUGACCCUGAUCUGGGCACCUUGGCUGCGCUCACCCCUCAGCACGAGCGGCCUCAGCCCACUGGAAGCCAGCUGGACGUAUCAGAGCCGGGCACCUUGUCCUCCAUCCUCAAGUCCGAACCCAAGCCCUCAGGACCUGGAGCAGGGGGUGGGGUUGGGCUGGUGGCCCCUGGGGUUGGGGUCACAGCAGUGACGUCACCCUUCACCAAAGUCGAAAGGACCUUUGUUCACAUUGCGGAGAAGUCCCACCUCAACGUCAUGUCUUCCGGAGGACAGGCCUCCAGGCCAGAGGAGUUGAGCACUGGGGGCGAGUUGGGCCUGGAGGGGCUCUCCGAGGGGGGCAUUGCGGAGGAGGGGGCCCCAGCGCCUCUGGAGAAUGGCAUGGCUUUGGCAGGGCUGGGCGGGACUGAGAUGGAAAGUUGUGCUCUGUCAGGCCCUCCCGGAGAAAUACCCUCAGAAGGAGUCUCAGACUCCUUGCCCAAUGGCCCAGCCCUUGCUGAUGGACCAGCUCCAGCAUCCCCACAAGAGCCAGUAACCAAGAAAGGGACCACCGUCUCCCCCCGUCGCCAUGCUAUGCCAGGAUCUCGCCCCAGGAGCCGUAUUCCCGUCUUGUUGUCUGAAGAGGAUACAGGCUCAGAGCCUUCGGGCUCACUGUCGGCCAAAGAGCGGUGGAGCAAGAGGGCUCGGCCGCAGCAGGACUUGGCACGGCUGGUGAUGGAGAAGAGGCAGGGUCGGCUGUUGCUGCGGCUGGCCUCAGGAGCCUCAUCCUCCUCUAGCGAGGAGCAGCGCCGCGCCUCUGAGACACUCUCAGGCACCGGCUCUGAGGAGGACACACCCGCCUCAGAGCCCACAACAACCUUGCCUAGGAGGGCUGUGCGGGCGGCAAGCACCCGGAGCCGGAUUCCCCGUCCCAUCAGUGUGUCCAUGCCUGCGGAAGGCCAGCAGCUUCCUGGCAGACCCCACGGUGCGGCCCCAGCGACCGACUCGGCCAUCACCAGCAGGCUCCAGCUGCAGAAACCCUCAGGGUUGGCCCCUGCUGCUGACCUCCGUCCCAAACAGUCCGCGAGCCGGGGUCCCGGCCCAGGUCGCGCCCAAGUCUCCAAGCCCGCAGCACCCCGCAGUCCCGGCCUCCCCGCCUCCACCGCGCGCCACCCCAGCGGGUCCCCGCGGAGUCAGUCCCUGUCCCGCAAAGAGAGCUCCUCCCCCUCGCAUCAAGCCCGGCCUGGCGUCCCUCCAUCCCGGGGGGUCCUCCAAGUCAGAUCUCAGCCGGAGGCCUCUCCGGGGGCCUCCAAGAAAGGACUCAGGGGGAAACAACUGCAGACUCAGCGCGCAGCAACCAAAGGCCGGGCGGCGGUUUCAGAGGGUCGGCCCGGGGCCAGAUAAUGACACCCACCCGCGGCUCUCUGCGGCACCCCCUACCCUCACCCCGGUCCCCACCCGCAGCCGGCCACACUGGAGCCGCUUCCAGCACAGCCUUACGCGCCCGCGCGCCACCGCGGCCCCAGCUUCCCGCCUGCACCCACCAGGACGCACGUGAGCACAUGCUGUGCCCAGCAGCCCAGCCAGUCCACUGACCCAGGAGGGUGCGUCUGUCUGUCUGUCUCUGCGUCCUGCCUCCCACCUGCCGCCCCUAUUGCAGGGACAGGCUCACAACAGAUCCUCUGCCCCGGGAAGGCUCAGCCACCUAUCAACUCCGAAGACUCAGCUUCUUGAGCCCGUCCCCUUUGCCCACCAGGUCUUGGCUGAUCUCUCACAUACCCCCUUACCCCCCCCCCAACCAAGGGGCUUACACCUGCUUACACCUCCUGCGAUCCACCUUUUUCUCUUCAUCCCCACCUUCUUGUAGCCCCCAAACCUACCCAACAGGAGAAACAGCCUCAAAUUCCCUAAGUGUGCAGGCUCUGGCCCGCCCAGUCUCCUAGGAGCCAUGGUGACCAUAGAAGGCCAGUGUGGGAUCGGGGAAGUGGGACCCAGGGGUCAUUGGUCUAUUUAGACUUAAGGGGACACCACCUCUGGCUGCUAGUCAGCUCUGUGAAAGGCACAGGGUGUGUGAUUCUUUGCUCCCUCGUGUCUCUGGGGAGCAGACACCCCUUUCCUGAAUAGGAAUGAGUGGAACCUCUGGGAGCAAGCACCUGCCCUCCCAGGCCCCUCCCGGGCAAGCGUUUCCCAGAGGGAAUUUGGACUGGGGCUUUAAAAAACGGUUACUCACUUCUCCGGUCCUCUGGUCUAGCACUCAGGACCCCUUACCAUCAGGAAUUCCUUCCUGCUGUCUAACCUCACUCCUGCAUACUGCAGUUGCAGCCAACUCUCUUCUCUCAAGUCCCACACGGGAGGAGAGUGGUUGACGAUCACCGUGCGUUGGUCAUUUGGGGGCUUGGCUCUCGUCCUUCCUCCUGAUGUCUCUGCUGUGGGAACAGGCUGGCUCAGGCAUCCUCCUCCUCCUAAGUGGGCAGAGGAGGCAGGAUGAGGCCGGCCAGCUCCUCCGGGAGACAGAAGGCCCUUCUCACGUUAGAAUGUGUGUGAUGUAGCUGGUGCCCACCCCACCCGCACCCGGUUCACCCUGGGCCCUUCUUGCUCUGAGCCAGCACCCCCACAGCUGAGCUGCUCCGUACCUGAUGUGGGGCCUCCUGCUGCAUUUUGGCUUCUGCAUAGCUCGCGCCUCAUCAGGAGCCCCAGCUGCUAACAUCUGGAGCAAACAGCUGCAGAUGAGACAGGCAACCCCUGCUGUCUGGGACAGGGACUCCCUGCAGGCCUCCUAGAAAGCACUCCCGGGCCGCCUCCAUCCCCCCCCCCCUUCUGGCCCCUGUGUCCUUCCCUGGGCCACAGAGAGCAAACCAAGACAUUCUGGUGAAGGCAGGCGUCGGUGUGCCACCGGCCAGACCACGUCUACACCUGUGAUGGCCGUCUGGGAGCUGCUCAUGCCAGCUGAACUCCUCAUAGGGUCAGCAGGUUUGGGCAUUUGCUUCCAUGCCAAGAAGCCAGCUCUACAGACCAGCUGGGGAGGACACCAGGGUGGAUGGUCUUUGAGAUCUAUCCCACGCUGACGCAGAAGCUCCCAGAACACUCAGGAAACCUCUCUGGAUACAGUUAUCUUUGUCACCCCAAGGCCCUCUCGUUGCCCCCUAGUCCUGUGAAGGGGCAGAGGGCUCACUUCCUCCCACCCAGAGCUUUUAUGAAUGACAAUCAGCUCAUGCCAGGUGGGGACCAGGGCAUGACCCCAGCGCCCAGGCCUUGGACCUGCCCCUUGCCACCAACCUAACUGUGAGUGUAGGUGCCCCCCCUCAGUCUCCCUUCUGCCGUAGGACCAACAACACCCAGGUUUGGAGAUUAGAUGAAGGGGAGGCCUAGGGAAACCCCGGGCUCACCCCACCCCCAUUACAGCCAAUGCUCGAGUUGGUACAGAUCAGAUGCAAAGGCCAGUCUACCCCUGGGGUCCAGGCCUCCAAGUCAGCUAUGUCACUGGACUGGGAGGAAGGAGGGACAGAGGACCAGCAGAGGGGGUGCGGUGAGUGGGCUAAGCGGUUCCUCGCCCCAGGAAGGAAGCAGGGCAACCACAGGUCCCUCCCGAUGCCCCACACCAGAGCUGCUGCCCUUUCCUUGAGGAUCAGCUGCCCCCUGCACUGGGCCCUUCAGGUUACUUUCCCUCCUCUCCUAGAGUGAGAGCGGCACAGUACCGGCACAGUACCACCGGCUCUUACGACCCCCCAUCCUGCCUGCCUCUGUCAUUGGCUCAGAUGUGGGGUCUGCUCACCUUAAUGCGCCUUCCCUCCCCAGCCGUACCAUGUGCAGAGGGUGCAGGAGAAGGGCCCUGCCCCAGGCACAUGGCUCUUUGGCAUCUCAGCUCCUCCCCAGGGGCCUGGCUUGCUCAGUCUUCUGAGCCCCUUGGGCAGGUGUUGGGGGGCAGGGAGUUGCCCUCCCCCUCCCUGGGAAGCAACAGAAGAAUGUUUACAUGCCACACAGAAUGUAACAGCCCUUGCCCACCCCUCCCAGUCACUGCAUGGCCUCUGCCCACCCUGUGCCUGCCCACUCCCCCUGACACCAACACCUUGCAAGUCGCUGUCACAACUAGAUCGGGUCUCAGAAGGGAAGUAGCCAUCACACCAUUAAAAAGCCUGUGGACCUUU